ACUUAAACAGUCAGCUCGCAUCUUUGAUGAAACCGCAGCACUGCAUACAGGAGAGAAACUGAAGUUCCUCUCAGCCAAUCAGAGGUUCCCACCGGAGAUCCAGGUUGCACCGAGUUUUGCUGUUUGCUGGCUACAUUUGGAACUUGUUUUGUCGGAAUUAUCAGUGAAACAACAUGGGGAGGCUGAGUUUUUAUGUCCUUUGGUCCCUGCGUGACGCUCCGCGCCAGUUUAUUAGCAAAUCUGACCGAAGGCACUUUCAGGUCCAUAUCCCGCUGCCUCUUCCUAAACAGCUGGUCAUCUUCGGUCUCGGACAGUGGGAAUACAAUGAGACCACCAUCUCAGUGGAGGUUUUGGUCAGUGCAGACGUACCAGCUCAGAAGAUUGGAACUCUGUCCCCUGAAGUUAGGUGCCUGACUUGGGAAGGUGACUGGAGCGCCGAGAUCGUGGCAGUGGCUGCAGAGAGAGGCAGGAGGGGCGUUUAUGGCAAGAUUUUGCUCACAGUGUCCGGAGAGCCACACGAGAACUCCAGUGUCUUCAGCAGUACCCCUUUGGUUCAAAGGAAAUGCUUGUUCCCAGAAGGGCACGAUGUGACCGAUCCUUCCACCACAUUACACCAAAGUACUGAAAAUGAAACGAUAACUUCUGAGAUGUCACACCUGGGUGACAGCAUGUGCUUUGCUGAGAUCCAAGUGAAUAAAGUUGACACCAGCGACUCCGCUGUGGAGAAUAAACCUCCAGUGUGGCCUACAGAAAAGACACCCAGGCGUACAGUCAUUAGUAGGAGAGGCCAGCUCAGGUGGAGCUCUGAGGAUGUGGACAGUCUCUCAGAGGACAUAGACCAAGCUUCAACCCCCAAGAAGAGGAGAAUGAACAGCCAAGAAGAAAUGACUGUGCUCAUAAAGAAUGAGAACAGAGGAGUUUCAGCUUGUCCGUCAAAGCGUUGGUGCCAUACUGUGUGUCUGAGUGACCCUGAUACUGCCAUCCUCAUCGGAGGGGAAACUUCAGAGCAAAAAUACUGCAAGGACUCCUUGUGGAAGCUCGAGUUAGACAGUGAUUUCUGGUUCCCAAUGAACUCCUCUGAUUCUGGACCUGAACCACCAUGUGCCCGAGGACACAGUGCAACCUAUGACCCAGACUCCAAAGCAGUCUUUGUUUACGGUGGCCUGAGGGAGGGUCAGCGUUACACGGAGCUGUACAUCCUUAAUACUCUGACCUGGAAGUGGAAGCUUGUCAAUGCAAAAGGGAAUGUUCCAAAUUUGGCAUAUCACUCUGCAGCCUUUUACAAAAAAGAGCUUUUUGUCUUUGGCGGAGUUCAGUCAAGCCAUUCUUCAGGGGAUAAAUCCUGCAGUAAUGCUCUAUACAUCUUCAACCCAGAGUUUGAACUCUGGUACCAGCCCAUUGUGGAGGGGGACAGACCUCUGCCUCGGUUUGGGCACACGGCUACACUUCUGUCUCAGAAGUUGAUCAUAUUUGGUGGACGCAAGACUGCUGCCUACUUUAAUGACCUCCAUGUGUUAGAUCUGGGAUUCAUGGAGUACACAGCUGUGAAGAGUGGGAACAUGCCACCACUGCCUCGAGGAUUUCAUGCAGCACUCCCAGUUUCAGACAAUAAAAUUUUAGUCAGUGGAGGCUGCAGUGCAAUCGGAGUUCUGCAGGAUGUACACGUCUUUAAUACAGAUACCAAUAUGUGGAGUUCACUGGCAUGUCCACUGCUUUGCUCCAAGCCUCGUGCUGGACACAGCAUGAUACUUUUGGGCAGCACUAUGCUAAGAGACACCGAGACACCUGGACAGGGUAAAAAUGUCAAAAUCCAGUGUGCAUUGCUGGUGUUUGGUGGCUCAGACUGCUCCGGCUCCUUCUACAAUGACACAGUCAAAUGCACAGUGGAGAUUCCUGUUGACGAAUGAUGUGAUCUGAUGUGAGAAAAGAGCAUUUUGUGUGGAAGAGUAAUUCUGCUUUGUUUUUUCUCUCAUCGAUAUAUAUUUUUGUGUGUGUGCGCGUGUGUUCACUGUGAUUCUUUUUGUUUAUUGUAUGAGUCUUCAGUAAUCACCAUCCAGGCAAUGUUCCACUUUGCAUAGCAAAUAUGAGCAGCAUGUUUUACACAUUAUUGCCCUUCACCCCUUCUCCAUGGAUCUGUAUGAAUUUAAACGCAAAUUAAAGUCAAAGUUUAAUUUCAUGCUAAA